CUCAUUUAUAAUAUUUGUUACCACGUAAAUUAAUACAAACAAUUUCUCUUUUGUGAAAAACUCAUUUUUCCAGUUUUUUUAACCCAUAUCCAAACAAUCCCAUAAUUUGAUAUUUUUUUUUUUUUUAAACAUUUUCUCGAUCCUCACAAAGUAAAAGAACAAGACAAUAUGUAUAUGUUUUAUGGAAAUUCGCAAAGGGAGAGAGACUGAGAGAGGGAAUCAGGUUGGAAACAGAAUUCUGCAUGGUUAGGGGUGUGGUGGUGGGGUCACCUACACGUCAAACAACCGGACGCCAAUAAUACUAUUUUAAAAUUUAAAACAAUCUCAUGUCCGUCUACGUCUAUGCCCCACAAUCCACAAUCCUCACACCCUUUUCUCCAUCAUCAUCUUCUUCUUCACAUCCUGCAAUUCCUUCGUGUUUAUGCUACCGAAGCUCUCAUAACACCAACAAUGGAGUACUCAGAAUCCUCAAACGACUAUAUUGAAGAAUACGAAUCGAUUUUCACAGCGCUAGAAACCGAGUUACCGAAAGUAGAUCGUUUGCCUAAUUUCAGCGACGUGAUUGACGGAGUUCUUAGCUCUGAUGCUUUCACUUUACACAAAUGUGUUUAUGAUUCUUCUACUCAUGCUGAUGUGGUAGAUAGUAUUAGUCUUCCAGACGUAUUCGAAUUCGACGAUUACCUUUUGGAUUUUGUUAAUAACGAUGAAACAAGCAUGCCGGAGAAGAUGGAGUCGAAGACUAGUACCACCACCACCACCGCCACCGGAGAAGUUAACCCGUUGGCUAGGAUUUUUAGAUUUAAAACGAAACCGAGAGGUAGGAAUGUGAAGAGAGGGAAACCUGCAACUUAUGAUUAUUUGAAAUCGUUUUGGUAUGGAUAUGGAGAUGAUGAAUCGUUGAAGUAUAGAAGCUUUGUUGCUGUUUAUGAUGAUGAUUUGAAUAGUGGGAAAAAGAGUGAAAAGUGUAAUGUCGGGAGAAGAAAGAGGCAUAAGUCGUGGUCGGUGCCUGAGGUUUUGAAGUUGUGUGACGGAGUUUCUCAACUUGGUGUUGGGAAAUGGACGGAGAUUAAACGGUUGUUUUUCUCAUCGAUUCAUCACCGAUCAUCGGUGGAUUUGAAGGAUAAAUGGCGAAAUCUUUUGAGAGCAAGCUGCAAAUCACCAUGUGUUAAACUAAAGGGUGAAUGGGUAAAAGGCAAUUCUUCACCCACGAUACCAAAUCAUAUCAUACGUCGAGUCAAGGAGCUUUCAGUGACACAUCCAUAUCCAAGGAAACGACAAUUGAAGAUCAAACUGUAGAAGUAGAAUUAUAGUACAAACCUAACCUUUUCUUUUUUGUUGAAGCCUU